GAUAGGGUUUCAUUCAAUUUGUCUAUUUUCGAUGGAUCCACAGAGUAGCACUGGGCGAACAGAAGAUGAUUUUGAAGAAAAUCGGCCGAUCGGUGAUCAUGCUCAAUUAUCUGCUUAUCAGAGAGUUUCGAUUGAGGAUGUUUUAAAUCCGCGACCUGCAAAUCCAAUUCCAAUUCCAGUUUCAAGUUCAAGUGCUGCAAACGAGAUUUCUAUUGAUGAAAGGGUUUACACUCCGGAGGUUCAGGCAUCAGCUACACCUGUUGUUGGGAUGCAAUUUAUCUCCAUUGAACAAGCAUAUGCGUUUUAUCAAUCAUAUGCUAAGUUAGCUGGUUUUUCUAUUCGGAAAGGUGGCGAAGUAUACAGUGGUGGUAUAAUCAAAACUAAGUAUUUUGUUUGUUCUAAAGAGGGACAUAAGCCUGUGUGUAUUGAUGAUAAUUCCAAGUCAAAAAAGCAAUUCAAAACCAGGAACAGGGGGACUAUUAGGACCGGAUGCAAAGCUCAACUUGUGAUUUGCACUGUUGAUGGUAGAUUAUAUACAGUCAAGAAAUUUGUUGAUGGCCAUAACCAUAAGUUUGUUUGUCAAAAUGACAUUCACAUGCUCCCAGCUUACAGACAAUUGUCAGAUGUCCAGGAGGAGAUGGUUUGGGAACUUGGCACUUUAAACCUUGGUCCUGUCAAAGCUUUCCACAUAAUGAGGAAACGUUAUGGUGGUUUCGAGAACGUUGGUGCCACGGUUGAUGAUUGCAAAAAUUUUAGAAAGCGAAUAAACAACUAUAUAGGAGAGUAUGACGCUGACAUGGUGAUUAACAGGAUGACUGACAAAAAACAGUAUUUAGCUGAUUAUUCGUUUGAAUACUCUGUUGAUGAUGGCAAACGGUUAACUGGGUUGUUCUGGGCUGAUGGUUUAUGCAAGCUUAACUAUAUUGAAUUUGGCGAUGUGAUAUCGUUCGAUGCAACCUUCAAGACAAACAGGUACAAGAUGGUGUUUGUUCCGUUCACAGGCAUUGACAACCAAUGUCGGAAUGUAACACUCUCAGCUGGGUUGUUGGCAUCAGAGAGUAUUGAAUCAUAUAAAUGGCUUCUAAAUUCAUUUUUAAAGUCAUUUGGUCGACAACCUAAUGUUGUAGUGACGGAUCAAGACCCUUCUAUGAAACAGGCUAUUGAGGAGCUUUUUGUAAUAGACUGA